AUGUCUGGCCAACUCCCGGUCGCUUCUCCACACUCAACUCGCGAUUCAUCGGCUUCUAUGGCAGAGACCAUCAAUCCCAACAGCUUCACCGAAGAACAUCCAGUUGGCUAUUUUAAGAGCGAAGACGAAGAAGCACCGAAUCAAGGCGACGAUGCUGACUCUGAUGAUGUGCUUUGGGUAGGUUGGGAUGGACCAGAUGACCUUGCGGACCCAAAAAACUGGUCAUACAAGAAGAAAUGGGCCGCAACACUUGUUGUAUCAUCAUUCACGUUCAUCAGUCCCGUUUCCUCGUCCAUGGUCGCGCCGGCGACAGAGCAGAUAGCGACUCAGUUUGGAAUGACGAGCGAGGUGCUCAUUGCCAUGACGGUGUCUGUUUUUGUUUUGGGAUACGCCGUUGGUCCCCUGUUUCUUGGACCUAUGAGCGAAAUAUACGGCCGUUCUAGAGUGCUUCAACUAGCAAAUCUCUUCUUUCUUGCGUGGAACAUUGCGUGUGGAUUCGCGCAGAAUAAAUCUCAACUUAUUGCCUUCCGCUUUCUAGCAGGCCUUGGCGGGAGCGCCCCUCUGUCUGUCGGUGGAGGUGUCCUUGGUGAUGUCUGGCGUGCGGAGGAAAGAGGGAGAGCGAUCGCUAUCUAUUCCCUCGCGCCUCUAUUAGGACCCGUCGUUGGCCCUGUAUGCGGUGGUUGGAUCGCGGAACGGUCUACGUGGCGUUGGGUGUUUUGGUCGACAAGUAUCGCGGACGUUAUUGUCCAAAUAUCUGGUCUCUUCUUUUUGAAAGAAACCUACGCUCCAUUGCUUCUCGAAAGGAAGGCUAAUCGUUUAAGGAAAACAAUGGAUGCGGAAAAGGGCUCAACUAAGGCGAUCAGGACUGUCUUCGAUAAGGAUAACAACCGAACCUGGCAACACGUGUUCUCGAAAGCCCUCGUCCGACCAUUCAAACUUUUUGCAAGCGAGCCAAUUAUACAGCUUCUUGGACUAUACAUGGCCUUCAUCUACGGCAUUUUCUAUCUCUUCCUCACUACCAUGCCUUCCAUCUUCGCCAACGUCUAUAACGAAGGCCCCGGCAUCCAGGGCCUGCACUACAUCGCUCUCGGGAUCGGCCUCGCAAUCUGCUCUCAAAUGAAUGCCAGAUUCAUGGACAAAAUAUAUAUCUACUUCAAGCGGAAGAAUGGGAACGUCGGGGAGCCAGAGUUCAGGCUGCCAUCUAUGGUCCCUGGGACGAUCAUGGUGCCAAUAGGGCUGUUCCUGUCAGGAUGGGCGUCGCAGGCGAAAGUCCAUUGGAUUGCCACAGACAUCGGCAUUGCGUUAGUCGGAGGCGGGAUGAUCCUCGUGUUCCAAUCCAUGCAGACAUACGUCGUGGACGCGUUCACGCUGCACGCUGCCUCCGCUCUGGCAGCGGUAUCAUGUUUGCGCGCCCUCGCUGCGUUCGGCUUUCCGCUUUUUGCCACCCCAAUGUACAACAAACUAGGCUACGGGAAGGGAGACACCGUCCUCGCAUGCGUGUGUAUAGCGCUCGGAUGUCCCGCACCCUUCUUGUUGUGGAAGUACGGAAAACGGAUAAGGAUGGGCAGCAAGUACGCGCACAAGUCGCCUCAGCAGCAUCAUCCAGAGGGGCAAGAAAAACAACCAAAAGCGACUUGA